AUGACACCUAUUCUGGAGGUGGAAUUGUUUGAUGUGUGGGGUAUUGACUUCAUGGCCCCAUUUGUGAGUUCAUAUAGGAAGAAAUAUAUACUGGUGACAGUGGACUAUGUGUCCAAAUGGGUUGAAGUUGUUGCAUUACCUGAGAAUGAUGGAAAGAGUGUUGCUGGGUUCCUGAAAAAGAACAUUUUCUCAAGGUUUGGAACACCUAGAGCCAUUAUCAGUGAUGGUGGUUCUUACUUUUGCAACAAGGUUUUUAGUGCACUUCUGACCAAGUAUGGGAUUGGGCACCAAAGCUUAGAUGAUGCUCUAUGGGAAUAUCGGACAACUUUCAAGACAUCUAUUGGUAUGUCUCCAUAUCAAUUGGUGUUUGGAAAGGCAUGUCAUUUGCCAGUUGAGCUUGAGCAUAGAGCACUCUGGGCGUUGAAGAAGCUGAACCUAAGUUGGAGCGAAACCACAAACUUGAGGCUGGAUCAGAUCAAUGAGAUGGAUGAGUUCCGUCUGAGGGCCUAUGAGAGGUCUGCACUGUAUAAGGAGAGGAUGAAUCUAUAUCAUGACAAGAAUAUUGAGAAAAUAAGCUUUACUCCUGGUGACUUGGUGUUACUCUUCAACUCCAGACUGCGUCUGUUUCCAGGAAAACUGAGGUCUAAAUGGUCUGGACCUUUUAAGGUCACACAUGUGUUUCAAUCUGGUGCUAUUGAACUAGAGAAUGAUAAAGGUGAGAGGUUCAAAGCUAAUGGCCAGAGAAUCAAGGCUUUACUAGGUGUCCCUAAUGAUGUGAAGAUUGUCGAGGAAUGCAAACUUGAUAAAGUCUGA